AUAGUGAGUGGGUGAAUGAGCGAGUGAAUGAGCGAGCCGGUGAGUUGAGGCUGCGUGCGAAUGGCGCUGGCGGUGUGGGUACGCAGUGAUAGGGGGGUGCGACAGGGAUGACGGGGAGGCAGCGAGAAGCAGUCUGCUUCGGGACAGGUGUGUGUGUGUGCCGUUCUGAUCCCUCCCUCUGCUCGCUCUCUCGCUCUCCCUCCCUCUCACCCGCUCUCAACCCCCCCCCCCCCACCUCUCUCUGUCUCUCAGUGUACUAGCCAGCGCUCAAUCGUAACAAGGCAAUCGCACGAGUCUAGCAUAGCAGCUUUUAAGUCAUACACAGCGCGGUCAUCGCCAUAUAAUACACCACCACCACCACGACGCGGAGCAGGAAGUACUCCACUCGGAGCCAGGCCAAUGAAUACAUUUUCUCUUCGCUCGUGCGCGCGCGCGCAGACACGCGCACGUGCUGGCAGUAUUUUGUUUGUAUGUAAUUUUUAAACGCGGUCUAUCUGGCUCGUUCUAAAAAUUCCCGGCGUUAGCUUCCCCCGUCCGUCUCCUCCCUUUACCUCCACCACCGACGCCGCCACCAAGUCCAGCAGCAGCAUCAGCAGCAUCAGCAGCAGCGUCAAGCAAGCAGCAGUACCAUCACCAUCAUCAGCAGCAGCAGCAUCCGUUCCCGCUCGCCGUGACUGCUGCUGCUGCCGCUGCUGCUAGCGGCUGCUCCCGCUGAGGCUCGAAGGGGGUCGUCAUGCCCGGCCGAUUCGGUCUCCUGGCGGCGCUUCUGCUGCUGGGAGCGAUGCUCUUCGUGGAGCAUCAGAUCAGGAAGCUGGAGCAGGCGAGGGCCAAGCUGGAGCGCGUGAUCGCGCGGCGAGAGGCGCAGAGCUCCGAGUCUCGACUCGCCGCCGAACAUCGGCAGCUUCAGCAGCCGCAGCGGCUGCUCCUGCCGCCGACGCAACCCGAGGCGGCCCUGGGGCCUGCGGCAGUCGCGGCGGCGUCCGCACCCGUCCAGCCGCCUGCUGACGACAGCAACGACGUGGUGAUCGUGUACAACCGCGUGCCGAAAACGGGCAGCACUUCCUUCACCAACGUGGCGUACGACCUGUGCGGGCGCAACUCGUUCCACGUGCUGCACAUCAACACCACGCGCAACAGCCCCAUCAUGUCUCUGCACGACCAGGCCAAGUUCGUGAGCAACGUCACGACGUGGAAGGAAAUGAAGCCGGGCUUCUACCACGGCCACCUGUCCUUCAUCGACUUCACCAAGUUCGGCGUCAACAGGAAGCCAAUCUACAUCAACGUGGUGCGCGAUCCCAUCGAGCGCCUCAUCUCCUACUACUACUUCCUGCGCUUCGGGGACGACUACAGACCGGGCCUGCGGCGGCGCAAGCAAGGCGACAAGAAGACGUUCGACGAGUGUGUGCGCGAGGGCGGCUCCGACUGCUCGGCGGAGAAGCUCUGGCUCCAGAUCCCCUUCUUCUGUGGCCACAGCUCGGAGUGCUGGAACCCGGGUAACCGCUGGGCCCUGGAGCAGGCCAAGACGAACCUUCUGAGCGAGUACCUCCUCGUGGGUGUCACCGAGGAGCUGGAGGACUUCAUCAUGCUGCUCGAGGCCGCCCUCCCGCGCUUCUUCAAGGGCGCCACCUCGCACUACCGCAGCGGGAAGCGGUCGCACCUGCGACGCACCGUGGAGAAGAAGCCCCCAAGCAGGGAGUCGAUCCAGCGGCUGCAGCAGUCGCGCGCGUGGCAAAUGGAGAAAGAGUUCUACGAGUUUGUGCUCGAGCAGUUCCAGUUCGUGCGCGCGCACGCGGUGCUAGAGCGCGGCGGGGAGCUCUUCCCGCUCGCGCAGAACUACUUCUACGAGAAGAUCUACCCGCGCCAUCGAGAAUUCCACGGUGACAGAAGAAAAGCGGCGCUGUUGCAGCAACAGCAGCAGCAACAGCAGCAGCAGCAGCAGCCACCGCUGCCGUAGAGAGAGAGGCCUACCGCGGGCCAGGGGCCGUGGGGCGAGUUGACGGCCUUCGGAAGGCCCUCCGGAAGGCCCACGACUGCGACUCAGGCCGUGCGCUGGUGGGUGGGAGUUUGACCCUCGAAGUGACCUCCACACUCCCCCCCCCCCUCCACCUCCACGUCCUCAGGGCCAGGCGGUUGGCUGUGCACUCCUCUAGUGGCUGGAAACCAAAAAGAAACCGUACAGAAGUGGGACUACAACAACAAAAAACGUAUUGAAGAUAAAUGUGUAGAUACCGUGUAUGUAUAUGGCGACGCUGGAUGGAUACGAAUGCGAAGGACCGCGGUUGUAUGCAGUGAGAUGGGAGAACCAGACUGAUGGCCAACUCCGGUUACAAGCGGUUCUUUCACAAGUGGCGAGGAGCAUCCACGCGCAACUCCUGGAGGGCCCCCCCAAAGCGCGCUUUCACAAACAGACUACAUACAUUUUCGAUUUAAAGCUUUCGUGACUGCAGGGAUUCAUCUUCUUGGUUCUUUCGGUAAAGUCACGUAGAAGGGAAAUAAUACAAUAAUAAAAAUACAACUGUGAGAAUUUAAUUUUAUUAUGUUUUAUUUUUAUUAUUGUAUUAUUUCCCUUCUACCGAAAGAACCAAGAUGAAGACCCCAUAACGUUCAUCCUUCGACCUAUACCGGGCCACAACUACCCAAACACAACUACCCAUACACAACUACCCAAACACAACGCCGUUUAUAUACGUCUACUGAACAUAUAUCUAAACACAGAAGGAAAAAAAACUAUUACAACAACAAAAAUGUGAAAUGUGCUCUUCACACGUCAACUGUUUGAGGUUUGUAAAACAACAACAACAACAACAACAAAACAGCCUGCGACGGAGUCUUCGUUUAUAAGCCCCCGACAACGUUCCAGCAACGUCCCAACAACGUCCCUCUCUCUCUCACCCCCUCUCUUCUCCGACGUCUCGAGGGGGCUGAUGUCCCACCCACCGUGGCAGCUAAUCGCGAAUGCAGCAACCUGCGGGUGGAGCCCGCGGCCCCGUCUGCCCGGAGCUGUCCCUCCCGCGUCGCCAUCGCCCCUCGUGGCUUCUUCCACCUCGGGGGCAGCGGCGGCGACGUCUCUCGU